CUUAGAUAAGUCUAGCCAAAAUUGGGUUCCCUUUUUCACCAUUUAAUCUGUUCGGGUUCUAAAUUGAUGCUGGGAUCGAACCUUGAUUUAGUAUCGGCGACAUCUGUUGUCCAGAGGCUUUACAGCUCGCCAAGCAGGUCGAUAAUAUGAAGCCGUCGACGGCGGACUUUCGCCGCCCGGCGAAGAGUGCUAAACGGACGACCAUUCAAGAUCUUAGCGACGAUGCGCUCUGUUUGAUAUUCGCCUAUCUCGACAUCUUUGAGCUGAUUCGAAGUUCUGCCGUCUGUUCUUCUUGGAGAAAAGUUAUUCAGAAGCUGAAGUUGCUGCAAAUACGGUAUGAGCGAGACCAUAAAAAUGAUGCCGAUUACCAAUGUCUGACAUCUUCAUGUGCAAGACCACUGAAUGAACUUCUUGAUCAGCUAGCUAUGGAAAAACACAGGGUUAGUCAGUGCCGAAUGAAGAUGGGACAAUUUCUGACUGGUGUGGGUGAUAAGGCCAUGCGACUCUGGUCAGCAGAAAGCUACAAAUGCUUGGAUGAAUAUACGCUGCCCAUGAAAGCCCCUCUAAGAGAUUACGACUUCGAUGAGAGCAAGGUUGUUGGUUUGGUUGGUGACCGGAUAUGCAUAUGGAACCGGACUGGAACAAGGAGUGUAUUUUCCUCACGUGAUGGCCUUUUCACGAAUGGACUUACUAUGCGUUAUGCUGAUCCAGAGGCCGUGGUUGGAUGUGAGGAUGGGAAAAUCCGCGUCUUUGACCUUUAUAGCAGAAAAGUUACUCAAAUCAUUAAGAUGCAUGAUGGUCCUGUUACAUGCUUAUCUUUUAGUGAAGAUCAAAUGCUUUUCAGUUGUUCUUCUCAGGAUCGUAAGGUUUCAUUGUUGGACCUUUCAACUAGUCAGACAUUGUCUUUACAGACAUCAUCUUAUAGUUCAGUGGGAAUGAAGACAUUAUGUUUCAAUCCUGCUGCGAAUUGUUUGUUUGCGGGAUCUACAGCUGGUCACAUAUUCUGUUGGGAUCUUAGGAGGAUAGACAAGACUCUAUGGGAAGACCGAGUGAGCCCGAAUGUUAUUUAUUCCAUGCAUCACCUCAGAAAUGACAAGUCAACAUUAUUAGUAGGUGGAAUAGAUGGUGUCUUGAGAGUUGUGGACCAGGAUUCCGGCGAGGUAUUAUCCAGGCACAUUAUGGAAGAACAAGAAGACAGCAGAAAUGUACACUCCUCUUCCUCUUCUGGAAGAAGUGUGAUUGUCAGGAGAGUGAAAAACCUCUCAUCGAAUGAUCGCGUCGAUCUCAUGUCCAAAACCUGUCGUCCGAAAAUCACAUGUUUGGCUGUGGGAAUGCAGAAGGUAGUGACUGCACACAAUCUUAACUAUAUCAGUGUUUGGAAAUUUAAGUAGUGGCUAUGUUGUUGCCAGUUCAUUCUUAGGGUCAUAUUUGCUUCCCAUUGUUCAUGUGAAGUCUUUAUGUGUGUUUUUGUGUUGAGUCGGGGGUUUCUCGGGAAUAGCCUUUCAACUUUCAAGUAAGGGUAACGUACGCGUACACAAUCUUCCGAGACCUUACUAUUUGGAAUUCUAUUGUGUUUGUUGAAAUGGUGUUCAUGUGAACUUGUGAUGUCUAAGUUGGAAAUUG